AUGCAACAACAUGAAGGGGAUGUUGAUUGUGUGAAUGAUGAUGGUUUUGGAAAUCCAUUAACUUCUGAUGAUGAGGAUGAAAUACGAGAUUUCCCUAUUUAUGAUAAAAAUACUGAUUCCGAAAACCCUCAAUUGAAGCUUGGGUUGAUUUUUAAUUCGAAGAAAGAGGCAAAAUUUGUAAUUGAGAGUUAUUGCAUCAGAAAAGGAAUGUCAGUUAUGUUCGUAAAGAAUGAUGGCAAGAGACUUAGAGAAAAAUGUAGAAACAAUGAUUGUGGAUGGUUAAUUCAUGUUUCGAUGAUGACCAACGACACGUGUUGGCAAGUUAAAACUUUCGAAGAGAAACACAACAAUUGCGUUUGGACGAUUGAAAAUGAAUGCAUUACCUCAAGUUGGUUAGGGAAAACAUUUGUCAAAAACUUCAUGACAAAUCCCAAGAUAGGAAGCCUUGAGUUCAAGAAUGAGAUUCGUGAAUCGAUGAAUGCAGAGAUUUCUAGGAAAGUGGCUUACCUAGCGAAGAGAAAGACAUUGAGUUUGGUCGAGGGAAGUGUUGAGGAGCAGUUUGGUAAAAUUAGAAAUUAUUGUGCUGAGUUGAUACGGACUGAUAGAGAUGCCACCGUCAUUUUGAAGUUAACUGAGGAUGAAGUUAGACCGAGGUUUCAAAGAAUGUAUAUUUGCUUUUCUGCAUGCAAGUUAGGUUUCCAGGAUACAUGUAGGCCUGUCAUUGGUGUUGAUGGUUGUUUUCUUAAAUCAAAAACAGGUGGACAGUUAUUGUCAGCUGUUUGA